AUGGCGGAAUGUGAUAAAUUAAAUUCAGCUAUAAACAGCUCCGGCGGUGCUGUUCCUGGGCAUAAAGAACAAACAUUAUGUCAGCCAUGUUCAAGAAAGGAUUUACAAACAACGGCUGAUGUGUUUUGUUCAGACUGUGAGGAAUUUCAGUGUAAUGAAUGUUCAAAAGCACAUACAAUUUAUGCAUUUAUGAAAAAUCACAAGUUAGUGAAUGUGACAGAAGUGAAAUCGAAACCAAUUUCCUUUGUUAUGAAAGGAAUGGACAAUUGUGAACAGCACUGUGAAUUGUUGAAAUUUUUCUGUGAAGACGAGAACCAGCUCUGCUGCAGUACCUGUGCUAUAGUGGAUCACCGGAAAUGCCAUAGCGUCGUAGAAGUACAGAAGAUUGCCGGAAAAUCGCAUUCUGCUGGUUCCAAGUUAAAGAGAAAAUUGGAAGAAGUAAAAUCAAAGGCGGAGAUGAUUGUAAAACACACUGAAUCAUCGAAAGAACAACUCAGUAAAGAUAUCAAAGCAAUAUUUGUGGAAAGUAAAAAAAUGAGAGGAGACAUGAAUAAAAUGUUCGACGACUUGGAAGUUUACGUUACCAAGAAAAAUGACAUUUUUCAGGCUGAAGUAACUAAUAAACUGGCAAAGAAACGAUCCAGCGGUGAGAAACAUAUCGCUGAUGCUACAAAGUCACUGGAAAUUGUUGAUACAGUAUUGCUGAAUGGGACGCCAUCACAGAAAUUUAUAGUAGAAGGGACAUUGAAGAAACAGGUCAAUGAACUUUACAGGAACGUGGACAAUGAAUGUCAACAGUUACCUGUUGCUACCAUUUCCUUUAGAUUUGAUGAAACAUUAAAGUUGCCACCAGUUCCCAUUUCUGCUUACGUUCCAGGAAAGCUAACAUUAAGUUACACCCUGCCUGAAGCAAAGAAAUCUGCCGCACCUGUAGAUCCGAUUGUUAAGUUAACGAUGAUUAUUUCCAUUGAUCUGAAACAGACUGGAGAUGAUGUCGAGGAACCGUUAUACUCAGGACUGGAUUUCCUGCCGGAUGGUAGACUGGUUGCCGUGGAUAAUGAAAACAAGAAAUGCUUGAUUUACAAUGAGAAGCUUGAGGAAGUAGGAUCAUAUCAGUUAUCGUAUAAUGCACAGAGUGUUGUUGCUGUAUCUGAAGAGGAAGUGGCGAUAACAAGUGGUGGUCAAUACCAGAUAGAUUUUUUACGUGUUAAUAAAUCUAAUGAUAUAACUUUGAUCAGGACAUGUAAAGUUAAGACAAUGUAUGACUCUAUAUGUCUGAAAGAUGAGAGAAACUUUGUUGUUGGAACUAUCGAUGAUACAACACCUGUUCGUAUUGUAUCAAUGUCAGGAGAAGAGAAAGAUUUCAGCAUCAGCUUUCCCAAUAAGAAAUAUUCUAUAGACACUAGUGCGUGCAACUAUAUGAGGAAUACUGGGAAGAUGAUACUGACCGAUAGGCACGAUCAUACUGUUUAUAUAUACGACAUUGAAUCUAACACCAGAGUCGUUGUCAAGGACAACCAGAUCAAGGAACCACUUGGUGUUGCAGUAGGUCCAUCCGACUGUAUAAUGGUUUGCAAUAAAGAUACAAAUUCCAUUGUACAGAUCUCUCAAACAGGUCGGAUCCUAUCAUCGUUUAAGGUAGAUAUGGAUUAUCCAUUCAGAGUCUGUGUUUCAAAGGAUCAAUCUAUUCUUGCAGUCACAAACUGCUGUGAGGGAGAAUUGAAGUUACAGUUGUUUAAUCUUACAGGCUCUGGGUGA